AUGGAGUACACAUUUAGAGCAGUAACUCAAAACCCGGGGAUUAUCAUCUGGAGGAUCGAGAAACUGGAGCUGGUGCAAGUCCCUGAGAAAUCUUAUGGAAACUUUUACGAGGGUGACUGCUACAUCCUUCUCUCUACCCUGAAGGUGCAGAGUUCUGUGUGUUAUGAUAUUCACUACUGGAUCGGCUCACAGUCCUCUCAAGAUGAACAGGGUGCAGCUGCUGUUUACACAGUACAACUUGAUGAAUUCUUGGGCUCCACUCCGGUCCAGCACCGUGAGGUUCAGGGCCAUGAGUCGGAUGCCUUCAGGGGCUACUUCAAGCAGGGGGUAAUCUACAAGAAAGGUGGCGUUGCAUCAGGCAUGAGGCAUGUUGAAACCAACACUUAUGACGUGAGGAGACUGCUUCAUGUCAAGGGGAAGAAAAGAGUGAUUGCCAAGGAGGUGGAGAUGAGCUGGAAGAGCUUCAACCUUGGAGAUGUGUUUUUGUUGGAUAUUGGCAAGACCAUCAUUCAGUGGAACGGACCGAAAAGUAACAAACAGGAAAGGCUGAAAGGUAUGUUGCUGGCUAAAGACAUCCGAGACAGAGAGCGAGGAGGUCGAGCAGACAUUAAAGUGAUUGAGGGCGAAGCAGAGAAAAACUCUCCUCAGAACAUGGAGCUCCUCACUGAUGUUCUUGGACAAAGAACCAUCAAUCUGAUGGAUGGAUCUCCUGAUGAAACUGCUGACCAGGAACAGAAGGGAAAACUUACACUUUACCAUGUGUCAGAUGUGGGUGGUGCGAUGAAGGUCACAGAAGUUGCUACCAGACCACUGGUUCAGGAUCUUCUGAAUCAUGAUGACUGCUACUUCCUGGACCAGGGAGGGACGAAGAUCUUUGUAUGGAAAGGGAAGAAAGCAAACAAAGCUGAGAGACAGGCUGCCAUGUCCAGAGCUUUGGAGUUCAUCAAAGCAAAAAAGUAUCCCAUCACUACAAAUGUGGAGACGGUGAAUGAUGGGGCAGAGUCAGCUCUCUUCAAGCAGCUGUUCCAGAGAUGGACUGUAAAGGGCCAGACUCAAGGUCUGGGUAAAGUGCAUACAAAGGGGAAAGUGGCUCAUAUCACACAGGAGAAAUUUGAUGCCACUUUGAUGCACGUGAUGCCAGAGGUUGCUGCACAGGAGCGAAUGGUGGACAAUGGCACAGGUCAAGUUGAGGUGUGGAGAAUUGAGAAUUUGGAGCUUGUCCCUGUGGACCCUCAAUGGUAUGGUUACUUCUAUGGAGGAGACUGCUACCUGAUCCUCUACACCUACUUAGUCAACAACAGGAAAAGUUACCUGCUCUAUAUAUGGCAGGGGCGCCAUGCAACACAAGAUGAAUUGGCAGCUUCAGCAUUUCAGGCAGUACAAUUGGAUCAGAAAUAUGGUGACGAGCCAGUUCAAGUGAGAAUUACCAUGAGCAAAGAACCAAGACACUUUAUGGCCAUUUUCAAAGGUAAAAUGGUCAUCUUUGAGGGAGGAACAUCUAGAAAAGGGUCCUCUGACCCAGAACCACCAAUAAGGUUGUUCCAGGUCCAUGGUUCUGACUCAUCCAAUACAAAAGCCAUUGAGGUUCCAGCCUUGGCCACCUCUCUCAACUCCAAUGAUGUGUUUUUACUUAAGAGCCAAUCUGGAGUUUAUCUUUGGUGUGGAAAGGGAUCAAGUGGAGAUGAAAGAGCCAUGGCAAAGUUGGUCAGUUCUGUGAUUGGCCAGAAGUCACACAACGGCUCUGACGAGCUUGUGGCAGAGGGUCAGGAGCCUACUGAAUUCUGGGAGUUGCUUGGGGGGAAAGGUCCCUAUGCAAGUAGCAAGAGAUUACAGCAGACGGUUUUAGACCAUCAACCACGCCUGUUUGAAUGCUCCAAUAAGACAGGCCGUUUCAUUGUGAGUGAGGUGACUCAGUUCACACAGGACGACCUCAGUGAGGAUGAUGUUAUGCUGCUGGACACAUGGGAUCAGUUGUUUCUCUGGAUUGGUAAAGAGGCCAAUGAGGUGGAGCGCAAAGAAGCAGUGGUCACAAGCCAAGAGUACUUGCGCACACACCCGGGUGACAGAGAUCUGGACACCCCUAUCAUCUUGAUCAAGCAAGGAUUCGAGCCGCCCACAUUCACUGGGUGGUUUACAGCCUGGGAUCCCUCCAAAUGGAGUGGAGGAAAAAGCUAUGAGGAGUUGAAGAAGGAGUUGGGAGAUGUAACAAUGCCAGUUACUGUUAUACAUCAGGAGCAGAAAAUUGUUGAAAGCCUUCAGUCUUUUCCACCAGAAGCUUUGGUCAACAAGCUUGCUAAUGAGCUGCCUGAGGAUGUUGACCCUACCCAGAAAGAGAAACACCUGUCUGACUAUGAUUUCAACAACCUUUUUGGCAUCACCAAAGACGACUUUGCGAGGCUGCCGCAGUGGAAGCAGCUGAAAAUGAAAAAAGAGAAAGGGCUGUUUUGA